AUGCUCCCUCGAUCAGCCUUCCGAGCGCAGCUAUCUGUCUCAAUUUCUCUGUGCUCGAAUGGCGGGCGUCGUCUUUUCUCUGCGACUGCCUCGGCACACAGUCAAAACCUCCCCGACUCGGCCCCGAUCAAUCCACGAUGGCUCACAAUGACCAAGCGAAGGAUCGGGAAGUGCCUGAUGUUUGGGAUGAAGCCAGCUCAGGUUGACGAGGGGGGCAAGAUUUUACAGCAAUUGGCUAAGGAAUGGCGGGAAUUGAUCGCUGGGAGUGAGGGAUUCCUCACGGAUAAGAAGCGACGUAGUUUGUUUCGCCAUAGUGUUGUCUGGGGAGAACAGGAUAUUAUGGGUAUGCUCCGCCUUUUUUUUAAAAAAAAAAAUAUUUACUAG